AUGGGGGCUGGUUUGAAAAUGGGGUUUAUAAAAGGGUAUAGAAAUGUUGAGGGUGGACAGGAGCUUCUUACAUCAGAUGCUAAAGUGGUUGAAAUGGUUGGUCACAUACCAUCCAAUAAGAUUAUACACUUUUCCCAAGUGAAAGAGGUGGCUUAUAUUGAAGAUGAGGAGACUUUUGAAAAUGUUGGGACAAAAGUGGCAAAUGAAGAUGCAGGGGCAGAAUUACCAAAUCAUGAUGUAGGGGCAAAUAUGACAAUUUAUGAUGAAGAGGCAGAAUUGUCAAAUGAAAAUGAGGAUUUAGAAUUUAAAGACAGUGAUUAUGAGUUAAGUGAGAAUGAGGCAGAGGUCAGGCUAACUGUUGGAGAGAAUGUAGCAGAUGAGAGACUAAUCAUGGGGCUCUAG